GGCCACGGUGCCUGGGGUGGGCCCCCCUCUCUACAGCACUAGGGGCUCCGCAGGUAUAAGGAGCUGUCCGCACCAGCGAGGAUGGAAUCAUUAUCGGCGAGAAGUCUUAUGCCUCAGAUAGAAGCCUGAACGAAACGUGGGGCAGCUUUGAGAUGAUGGAUCAUGGGCGCCAGGGCCGCCAGCGGACCUCUGAAACCAUUCGCAAACAAAAACGGAAGGAACUGGACGCCCGGCGCAGCAAGUGCCGCAUCCGUAUUGGCAGUCACCUGGAGCAAUGGUGCCAGCUUAAGGAACAACUGGGGUUUUCCUUGCACUCCCAGCUUGCCAAGUACCUACUCGACAGAUACAGCUCCCAAGGCUGCACACUGAAAGCAGGACAGGAUAGUUCCAAUGUUGUCCCCAACCCCUUUCCCGCCGAUGCUCUGCAAAACCUUGUUGUCCUUUCCCACAAUCACAGCCAGGAAUGUGGCUUCAUCCCUGACGUGAAGUCCUCCUUGCUGGAGCAGAAGGGAGUCCCAGGCAGCAUGGUAUGGGAGUGCCUGGCUGGUCACACCUUCUCUUGGAGCCCCCCCACCCCACAGACCUGCACGCCGCCCACGCCGCCCCCCCACAAGGCAGCCUCCCGGUGCGGAGAGGAGAAAGCCGUGAGUGCCCAGCCCAGCCCCCCACCUUCCCCCAUCAUCAGACGCCGGCGCUCCCUCCGCAGGGCAGCAGCCGCCCAUGCCUUUUCCUUAGCGCUUGCUUCCGACUCACCAUGUCCAGUGGACGAGGCGGAGCCGCCUGCCCGAGAGGAUGGGGAGGGCAGUGCGGAGAGAGAGAGAACCGCAUGCAUGUCUCCCGCCGGCAGCGGAACGGGCCUAUGCGAGGAGGCAGAGUUGCUGAGUGGCAACGACACGCAGACAGCACCCUCAGAUGAGAUUCCAGGUAGCACAGAAAUUCUGGGGCCUGAAAGCACUUUGCUCCCACCAGAGGGGAAGCCUGAAGUAGUGCCUGACCAAGCAGAAGAAGAAGAGGGAGAGGAUUUGGCAGAGGAAGACAACCUGGCAUAUACAGAUGACCUGCGAGAUGAGACUUAUCAACCUUCCCUCGACAGGGAUGGCAAACUGCAAAGAUACCAGAAUCUGGUCAAGUGCUGCAAGAGGUCUGCGAAAGAGGAUCAGCCACCUAGUGAAAUAUGCCCCACUGACCACAGCCCUUCUGAGGAGAAAGGUGGUGGAGCAGGCUGCAAGAAGCGGGCACAGGCUGCAGAUGAAGAUGUAGCCCAGAUUGGCCCAAAAAGAAUCAGGAAGGCAGCCAAGCGAGAAAUCCUCCUCUGCGAUUAUGAUGGCUGUGGGAAGAUUUUCUCCAACCGCCAAUACCUGAACCACCACAAGAAGUAUCAGCACGUUCACCAGAAAACAUUCACCUGUUCUGAUCCCACCUGUGGCAAGUCCUUCAACUUCAAGAAACACCUCAAGGAGCAUGAGAAACUGCACAGUGACAAAAGAGACUACAUCUGUGAGUUCUGUGCCCGCUCCUUCCGAACUAGUAGCAACUUAAUCAUCCACAGGCGAAUCCACACUGGAGAGAAACCCUUACAGUGCGAGAUCUGUGGCUUCACCUGUCGCCAGAAGGCCUCUUUGAACUGGCACAUGAAGAAGCACGACGCCGACACCUUCUAUCAGUUCUCCUGUGACCUCUGCGGCAAGAAGUUUGAGAAGAAAGACAACGUCACUGCUCACAAGAGCAAGAGCCACCCUGAGACAGCCACUGGGCCUCCUCAGCCUGCACAGGAUCUUCCAGCCCUGAGCCAUCCAGUUUCUAUGGAGCCGCUGGAAAACCCCACUGAAAACCAGCCCAGAGAAAAGGGGGUGGAGGAAUCUGCCCUUGUCAUGGCGAUCACUAUAGAGUAAUGAACCACAUCCUUGGAGAACAACGGCAGGGAGGAUUCCUGGCAAACCCUGUUGGUGACAGAAAUGGGCCCUGAGGGUUUGUUCCCAGUUUCAUAGCACCAAGAAGGAUGCCCAGUUUCAUAGCACCAAGAAGGAUGCAAGUCUGAGACAUCCAGGGGCUGGAAGGACUCGAACCCAUGAGGUGAUGGCCCACAAACCACAUUCCUUUGGCACAGUUCUGUGUUGGCUCAGCUCCAGUAACAGGAGGACAGUCCUGGGCUCGGCCUUGCCAAGCUACAGGAUAUCUGAGACUGGUAGCCAAUUGGAAGCCUUAGCAUUGUGACACUUGGCUCCCAGACCUCUCUUUAGACUCCAAAUAUGAGGGAGGUUGCUGGCGGAGACAUGCACAUACCUCCCUGGCUCUUACCCCACGUUGUUGGUAGCUCUGGGUUUAACUUGUCUUGCUUGACAGUAUUGGAGGACAUGACACAUGUCUUGGUGUUUCUGGGUUUUUAAGCUUUCCCUUUGGGAACCUUCAGUAAUGCCACUGCCCCACACUGUCCCAUGCUUUCUCCUUUCCUCCAUUCUUCCACCUACUGUCUAACCAGGAUAUCUGUGUUUUGUCUCAGGUAUGUUUGGGAAAGGUGCAACCUUUCCCCCUCCAGACUCAUAGAAGCUCAGCCUGUUAGAGGUUGAAUGCCCAGGAUUUUGAUGAGGCAGCCGUUUUAGGAUGGAAGGGGAGCUUUUGCUUGCUUUUGGCAGGGUUGUUUUCCUUCUGUGAUUCAAGGUGUGCAGAAAGCUUUUUAAUUUAUUUAUUUUUAAGCAAGUUGCUUACCUUCAUUUAUUUUAAAGGCAGCACCUGAGAUUUCGGUGUUUGGUUGUUUGUGCAGCAACCUGGCUCUUGCUCAGAUCCCCUGAUUGAGACUUGGGGCAUUGACACACCCUAGUAUCCUGACAUAUGUAUGGUCUUCUGCCUGUUGCUGCUCUGACCCCCUGUACAAUACAUUUGCCUUCAGUGCGUAUCACAAAGGAUAACUUGUCUAGGCCGAAGCACUUCAUGAACUGGAGGGCCCAGCACACUUCCCCCCACCCCCUUCUCUCCCCUUUUCAUGCCAUCAAGGUAUUUCUUCUUAGCCAGUAGACUAGAAAUCUCCUGGUGCUACUAGAUGGUUUAGGGUCUACUUCCACAUUGUUAUCCAGAGCAAAUGAACCCCUAAACUCACUUCAGCCUCUGAGUUGCUUAACAUUUUCAAGGAGGGGCAAGUGAAAAAUUGAGCUGACUCACCUGCCCUUUAUCUUGGGUUAAAUAGAUCAUGCAAACAAUAGCAAGGCUAUUCCCGGAAAAUGGAAAGGUGAUUCCAUUUUUUCUUUUUAAAAAUAAUAGUGACUUGUAACUGACCUGGCAGUCAGCAGGGGGCUGGAAUACCUUGGUCAUUUGAUUGGAUAUAUUAUUAUUAUUAUGUAAAUUAAAAAAAUUAUAAGGAAA